UGACCCACGCUAACCGCCAUCUUUGCUUAUCGUAUAAACAGUGCGACCGGGCUCAGCACAAAUUCUUGUCGAGAAGUCGCGGUUUUUCCAGUGUUUUUGAGUGAUUCGAUAGCAAGGAAAUGUCCGAGAUAAAGGCGGAGAGCAAGAACGAUAACAACAUCGAGGAUGCGUCGAAGGACCAUUCCGGGGAAGAGAAACCAACUCCAACGAAAAACAAACGAGGUGGUACGAAAAGACUUUCCACACUCGAAAGGACAGCUCAGGAAGGGGAACAACUUAUAAAGGACUUAAAUGCAUCCGUUGGAGAAAUGGAAGGAAGGAGACGUACGCGUAGUUCAGCACGAGGCCUUAGUUCGUCCACACCUGUGCCAUCUCCACCUAAAAAAGAGAAAAGAGAAACAUCGACAAAGAGUACCGGUCGUGGACGCGGGCGUCCUAAACGGCAAGAGAAAAACAAUGAGAACAAUACGGAUGAGGAAGCAGCAAACAAUAAGAGUGAAAAGCAUUCCGAGGAGGAAUCUAUGAAAAUGGAUGUGGACGAGAAUAAGGAGGAAACGGAAAAGAACGCAGACAGCGACGAUAAAAGUACCGCGAAAGCGGAAAGUAAAGAAACCGUCGAAAAGACACUGGAAUCUAACUUCAAGGAGGAGAAAGUAUCAGAAGAAUCGGAAGAUUUUGCGGACGAAACUAAGAGUACUAGUGCCAAUGAAGAAAAAAAGGAGGAAGAUAUAAAGGAUAGCUCGGAUUCGAGUCAAGAUGCAACAGACACAACGGCAGAAGCACCGCCCUCAUCUUCAACGGAGUCUCAAAACCCGUCUAAUACCACUACUACCGAAGAAAACAAGGAAUAACCUUCUUUUGCCUGUUUACCAGCUUCAUCAGGUACCAGGGGCGGCGCACACAUUGGGGUUACAAAUCCAGUCCCCUCGUCUAUUUUAACAAAUUGACACCUUCUUGCCAAUCGUUAUGCUAAUCAGCGCACGCGAGUUUUAUCUUACCCUUUUUAAUUCGAAGACGAUGCACGAAGAUGCGUUUAUAGUACACGUUCGUUAUCGGUGGAAAUGCAUACUUAUCGAGUGAAUUCGAUGGUGCCGAGCGUACCAUAAAGUAGUUGAUUUAAUUCAGUUUUACUCUGAUUAAGUAAAAUUACUCGUUGCACUGGUUAGUUGACGAUAGCAAAGCGAGGUGUAGAGCAUACGUUGUUCAUGUACAAUGAUAAUAUUAUUGUAAAAUAUAUUUAAUAUGGACUUAUAUAGAGACAAGUUGUUUUCAAAUCAGAGCUGAGGCCGGAGUCUAAUAAAAACAGUCUUUGAUUCAGAUCUGAUAUGGAAGUAGCUGAAAUUAAUUCGUACAUAGCAAAUUACUGUAAUACCUUAUCUUAUAUAAAUAAUGACUGAAUGAAAUGGAAUAUAUGAGAAUUAUGGUGAAACGAUUUCUCUUUUUCAUGGAAUGCAGAAAUAAAAUUUCUGAAAAACG